AUGGACACCACCCUGGUCACCCCGGAGAACGACCUGGCCUUUAACCUGACCAUCAACCUGGUCAAUAACCUGGAAUCUAUCCUGGAUAUCAUCCUGGGCAGUAACCUGGUUAUUGACCUGGUUGGUGUCCUAAAUUUCUGUCUCGAGAGCUUGGCGGAGAGCGUACCGAUUGGUCCUGUGCGUACAAUCCACCAGCACAAUUUCAGGGAAGCGAAGGAACAGUCGACGCAUGUGGCUUGUUGUCAAUGA